ACAAGAGUUGGAGGAGCAGAGCUGCAGUUGCAGCAGGGUUUCUUGGAAUGGCUGUCGUUCGUUCUGGGGGGACUGGCCUGCUCCUUCUUGCAAUGCUUAUGAUCUGCUCAGGGAAUGCUGAAGACCAGCGAUGUAUGAGGAGUGUGAGAAAGAAAAGAGAAUGGAUUGUUCCCCCAAUAAAGCUGCCUGAGAAUGCAAAUUUCACAGACAAAGAAUUUAUUGCCAAGAUUCGAUCAGACAAGAGUGAAUAUGCAAAGCUAAGGUACUCCUUGAGAGGAGUUGGGGCAGACAAGCAUCCCUUAAACGUGUUUAUUGUGGAUGAAACAACUGGCUUUGUAAGAAUUACUAGAAUUUUAGACAGGGAGGAUAUUCCAAAGUACAAUCUUGAAGGUGUAGCUAAAUUCCUUAAUGGAACAGUAGCAGAAAACAAGCUUGAACUGUACAUUGAUGUUGAAGAUGAAAAUGACAACCCUCCAGAAUUUACAAAAUUUUCUGGAGCAGUCGCCGAAUCGAGCAAACCAGGUACCUUUGUUAUGCAAGUGAAUGCCACUGAUGCAGAUGAACCAGGAACCCUCCACACAAAGAUUGCAUACAGUAUCGUGGAACAGCAGCCACCGGAUAUUGGACAGAUGUUUCAUUUAGAGGAGGCAACAGGAAAACUUUAUAUUAAAGAACCUUCCCUUGACAGAGAAAGACACAGCUCCUAUACUUUAAUUGUAAAAGGUGUGGACAUGGAUGGGGCAUCAAAUGGCAACUCAGGCACAGGAACAGUUGAGGUGAAAAUCCUGGACAUCAAUGACAAUGUACCAACCCUAGAGAAAGAUAAGUAUGAAGCCACCAUAGAUGAGAACACAGCCAAUGUGGAAGUGCUGAGAAUGAAGGUCUUGGACAAUGAUUUAGAAAACACUGACAACUGGCUGGCCAUGUUUGAAAUAGUGUCAGGAAACGAGGAUGGCAUCUUUAGUAUUGAAACAGACCCCAAGACCAAUGAAGGGAUGUUAGUUCUUAAUAAGCCAGUGGAUUAUGAGACAGUCAACGAACUUGAGCUGGGAAUUGCGGUGCGAAAUGUGGCACCUUUCCAUGUUGCUGAUGCAGCAGGAGCAGAAGCUGGAGCAGGAAUGGGAGGAGGGGCAGGAGCAGGGGGUGGGGCUGGGGCAGGUGGAGGUGCUGGGACAGGUGGAGGUGCUGGGGCAGGUGGAGGUGCUGGGGCAGGAACCAGUGGUAUCGUGAGGCCCGGCAGUACUGGACCUGGUAGUAAAAGCUACACUGUUAAGAUCAAUGUAAAAAACCUUCCUGAUGGUCCAGGAUUUAAUCCAAAGGUAAAGCCCAUCCCAAUUUCCGAAGAUCCCAAAGAUCUAAAAGUCUCCAGUGUGAUCGCAAAGUUUCCGGCUACUGAUGGGGACACAGGAAAGCCUGCAGAAAAUGUUAGGUAUGCUAAGGUCUAUGACCCUGACAACUGGAUCUCAAUUGAUGAAAAGACUGCAGAAAUCAAGCUUAACAAACAUCCAGACCGGGAGUCGAAGUUCCUGACAAAUGGAACGUACUAUGCGAAAAUCAUCUGUAUGACUGAAGAUCUGCCAUCCAGGACAGCCACAGGUACCAUUGCUCUCCAGGUGGAGGAUGCCAAUGAUCACUGUCCUCAACUGACCAGCAAAUACCAGUCCCUCUGCUCUGGUGAACACCGUGUUAACAUCACAGCAGUUGAUGAGGAUUUGAACCCUAAUAGUGCCCCUUUUGAAUUCAUGAUCAUACCAGAAGAUACAAGUGGAAAGUGGGAAGUGGAGCCUUAUAAUGGCACCAGUGCCAUUUUGAAACCACAUGGUAGCCUGUGGCCUGGCUCCUUUAAAGUCACACUGGAAAUCAAAGAUCACCAAGGUAUAGCCUGCCCUGACAAACAGGUCCUUCAGCUGGAUGUCUGCACCUGUAAGGAGGAGGGAUCCUGCACCCUCAGAGGAGCACAGAGGUCUUCUGCCAAGUUUUCAUUCCCAGGCAUUGGAAUCCUACUGCUAGGCCUUUUUUUAUUAUUAUUGGUGCCCCUUCUGCUGCUGUUUUGCACAUGCCGAGGUUCUGAUGACGAUGUGAUUGUGGGGGAUUUUGCUGACAUGCCCUUUGAUACUAAAGACUAUUUGAUGGCAUACCAUACAGAAGGCAUGGGGGAAGACAAGGAGGUCCCACUACUGAGUUCCCCAGUGUCGAUACCCACCAAGCAAGUCUUUACAGAUUGCUUUAGUAAAACAUCAGCAGUAAGAACAUGCAGCCCUGUGGACAUGUACCAUACAGGACAGCAUGACUCAUUCAAGAAAGGACCUACAGACACUGAUUUUGCUGUUAGGCGAGACUCAACAAAGUGGAAAUAUGUAAGCACUGGUGCCUUUCCUUCUGAGAUUGUGGACCUCAGUGGAGACAUAUAUGCUGAAAUCACUCUCCCAGAAGCCUUUCUGAAAGAGUACUAUUUACAGAAGGCAAGCUGUGCAGCAGGAGCUGAGUCCCAUUUAGACAGCUUUAUAACCUAUGAUUAUGAAGGUGUCGACUCCCCCAUGGGAUCGAUUGGUUGUUGUAGCCUCAGUGAAUCAGACAACAACCUCGACUUCUUGAACGACUUGGAUCCCAAGUUCAUGACCUUAGCACAGAUCUGUCAAGGCACAGAAGAUGAAGCUGAAGUUUUCAUAUAUUCACCAAAGCCCACUGACAAACAAAGCACUGUGAUGACCCACACUGAGAUCAGCAGAGGAAGUGGGGUGACUGUAGGUACAAUGCAUCACAGCACUGUAAGCUCACCUCUGUCAAACCCUGUUGAAAAAGUUGCAGAGACCAGCUGUUCUGCUACCUUUGCCAAUAUGCAUAUCCAGAAACAGGUGAUUCUUCCAUGUCAGCCAUAUCUCAUUCAACAACCUGUGUACUACGGUACAGCUCCUGUGUUACAAACUACUCAGUACAUCCUGGAGCCUCAGGUUCACAACACUGUGUUGGUCUCAGAACUGCCCUCAGUUCCAAAAUUGCAGACUGUGUAUGUGGUAGAUGAUGUUACUGGCUCAGAAAAUCUAGCAGUGAAGGAGAAAAAUGUGUUGGUUGGAUCUAAUGAUCAUGGUGGUGUGUUUUUUGUACAGCAGGGAACCUUUAGUAUGAGUGAGAAUGUGAUCUUAGCUGAGAGAAAUAGUUCAGAUCUGGUAAUGCAACAGGGCAAUGUUGCACUCAACCAAAGCCUUCCUAAUACAAACAUUCUGCCAGAACCACAUAAUGUUUUGCUGGUUGAGGGACAAUCAGGGACUGGACAGGUUCUGCAGCAUCCACUGCUGAUGCAGCAAGGAUCUCUGCAAAGGCCAGACGACCUUGUACCACAGCAAGUAGUUCUUGUGGAAAGGCCUAUUGUACAAGACAUUACACUGGGGUUAACUCCAGGAGCUAAAAGUACUGGUGGAUUUUUUUCUGAGAAUAUUCUACUAGUGGACAGACCAAAUGGUGCUGUGCAAAUACUGCAGGAAAGUCCAGUGAGCACAAACUUUGUGAUCGACAUGAGCAACACAGAAAAUAGACUGCAAGAUAGGAGGGAAAUGGAUGUCAUGCAAGAGGAGGGUCAGGGGAGUGUAUGCCAUGUGUAUGAGACAGAACAAUCUUGGAUAUCUCAAGACAUUCCGCAGAUAGAAAAACCCUCUGAACUGCAGCAUGUCAUUCAAGUGCAGAAGUAUGAGGAAACUGAGCAGAAUGAUGAAGACAUAUUGGAAUUAACCACACCAAUGCAUGAAGCAGAAAGUCAAGUUAGUGAAAUGUUGGAUCAAAAUGUGCUAGCACUGACCCAGAACACUACAGGGAAUGUGAAACUGUCUUCAUCACCUGAUCAGAAAUUGACUGAGAUUGAAAUGAGUUCUUGCAAUACUGUAAGCGUUGCUUCUCAGAAGGCAGAUGAAAACAUACCUGAGCCAGUAUCCCAGAAUAUUGAAAAUUUAAAUGUGCAUAGUGAUUCUCACCUGAUUGCAGCAGAACAUGUGUCAAAGUUAGUACAAGAAGCUUUUGAAGAUGAACUACUUAAUUCAUGCAACAAAAGUCUAGAUAAUUCAGAAUCUGAAUUUAGUUCUCCCCAAAUAAACGAAGAAGAGAGAGCAGGAUUUGAACUACUUGAAACAAACUGUUUGAAAAAGCCUGAUGUCUCUGAUAAAAGCUUGGAAGUGGAUAUUACAGAUGUGAUUACAGAUCCGGAUAGUUCCUAUUUUCAGUCAGAGGAGGAAAGUGGAUCAAAAACUCAGGGAAUGUUGGACGAAGAAGUAUUAUCCAGUGCACAAUCUGAAGAGCUACCAAAAUCAAAGGAAGAUGCUUAUGAAGCAACUGAAGAUGAUGGGGACAUGGAGGCAUAUAACUCAGAGACUGAUGAGCUUGAAGACAGUAACGUAGCCCAGCUCUACUCCUUAGUGGUGUUCAUAGCUACCCCUAAAAACAACUGA